AUGGAUGAGAUCAAAGCAAAAGACAGAACUAUCUUUUCUUUGGAGAAAGAGCUGGAGACCCUGACAGGAUAUGUUCAGAAGCUUCAGCUGCAGAAAGAAGCUUUGGAUGAACAACUAUUUUUGGUUAAGGAGGCUGAAUGCAACAUGAGCAGUCCCAAAAGAGAGAUCCCAGGCAGAGCAGGAGAUGGCUCGGAACACUGCAGCAGUCCUGACCUACGUAGAAACCAGAAGAGAAUGGCAGAACUCAAUGCUACCAUUCGGAAACUUGAGGACAGGAACACUCUGCUUGUGGAUGAACGGAAUGAAUUGUUGAAACGUGUUCGAGAAGCUGAAAAACAAUGCAAACCUCUUCUGGAAAGAAAUAAGUGCCUCUCCAAAAGAAAUGAUGAACUCAUGCAGUCGUUGCAACGCAUGGAGGAAAAACUUAAAGCAAUCACUAAGGAAAAUUUAGAAAUGAAAGAAAAAAUGACAUCGCAUCCUCCUCUGAAGAAAUUAAAAUCACUCAAUGACCUUGAUCAAGCAAAUGAAGAACAAGAAACUGAAUUUUUGAAACUCCAGGUUAUAGAACAACAAAACAUAAUUGAUGAGCUGACACGAGAUAGAGAGAAACUUAUUCGACGGAGGAAGCAUAAAAGAAGUUCAAAGCCAAUUAAGAGGCAUGUUCUGGACACAGUUUAUGGGGGUGAUGAUGACUCCAUGGACUCUGAAACCUCAUCCAUGGCUUCAUUCAGGACAGACAGAACACCAGCAACACCAGAUGAAGAUCUAGAUGAA